AUGGACCGCCCACAUGACACAUCCGGCAUGGUAGACCACGAGAAAGAGCUGGUCGACGCCCUCGAAGCCCACCGUGGGAGUCGAGGAGAACCGCUCGCCGGGCUCUUCAACCUGACGAGACGCAUGGAAAACGAACAGGACGAGCAGUUCGACGUCGACCUCACCAUCAUGGACUUCCUGGCUUACAAGGCCACCGACCUCGUUUUCGAAUGGAGAGCCAGCUCCGACCCUCACCAGUCGGACCUGCCCUCGGCCCUCGUCACCAUGACUGCCGAAUGGAGAACCUUCCUGAAACACAAACACAGCGGCCGCCGUCUCAACAGCCAAGCCGCGUUUCGUUCGCGGCUGCUUCAGUUUUCUUUGCUCUUCACCCAUCGCCUGAAUCACGAGCAGACUUGGACCACCGAAGAAUCACUCGGCGAGCUUCGGACGCAGAACAGAAAGCGCGGCCAGUAUUGGCUCCACGCGGGCCACGCUCCAGCCCUUGAUCGUCCUUUUGAUCCGGCCAGCGAAUUCCCCCUCUCCGACGGUGCUCUUGCGGAGCAUAGGCACAACCUUGCAUGCUCGAUUGGCCAACCGCAAGAGAGGAGACGAUGGGUGACUGACCUGGAAGGAACGCCUACCCUCCAUUGCCUCCUUCCGCUUUUCGUCGAACUCACGGCCGCAAGAGUUCGCCUUGGCGAUUGGGUGCCGAGCGAAGGAUGGAUGGACCUCCUCGGCCAUUUCAUGCUCCAUGCUGUCCUUGAAGAGUACUUGCUCAACGGCGCCUACAGCGAGGACACUUUCAACACGAUAUUCGCGUUUGGCUGUCCUGGAAACGAGCGACAAUCAGACGAUGGUAGUGACGUGGAAGCAAUGCGCUGUCUUUUCUGCAGCCAUGGGCAUCCACACGAACAGAUACCCGGCUGGUCGGAGGUCAAAGAGCGAUAUGUGGAAAAGGUCAGCAGUGCAUUGUCCAAAUGGCUGAUAACCACAGCUAACGACAACAAGCUUCUCCCUCCCUCAAACCUGUCGCCCUCUUUCGUACAAGCAAUGGAGCGUGCCCAGGAACGACAUUCGUAUGUGGACUUCGAGAACAACGUCAUCGCGUUCCUCAAGUAUCUACAUGACGAACUCGUCAAACCGGAUCUCGUCCAAGUCGAGGAAGGACGCGUCGCAAUACAUGGUAACGAGCUACCCGAAGAUGACUCUCAUGAAAUGAUUCGCCGCAUAGGUUUGUGA